UUUCCGUCGUGUCCAUAGCAUCUAAUAGUACUUGCAGCCGCCCUGCCCCCAAUGGACCCUCACCAGAUACCCACACCCAAUACUGCUGACCCAGGUCACUCAUCCAUCACCUUUUCUUCCGAGCCAUAUCCUCCAGAACACACUCCGACCUUCACCGUCCCAGCAGCGCCCCCUGCGUCAUUCGCUUCUGCAGAUGCUGGUCCGUCUCCUCGAAUUUCUGCCGAACAAAUUGGUGCAGAAUUAUCUGGAUAUUCGUAUCAAAAUACAGGGGACGCAAAUGGGUUAGCACGAGGGCGAGGUAGGGGCCGGGGAAGAGGCAGGGGAAGAGGAUCUCGAGGCGGCCGAGGAUCAAGAGGUGCUCGAGGCGGGAUGCGGGCUUCUACUAGGUUAUCUGAAAGAAAUGCGUCUGGGAGUGGAGGAGUUGCAAAGCUUAAGCUUUCAUUCAAAUCUGGUGGGGUGACAGAAGCCUCUGGUGGAAGAAUGUCAAGUUUUUUGGGCGAGUAUGAUCGAGAAUUGGACGAAAAUCCAGAAGAGCCGCUGUGCUUUGAAGAGCAAUUCAUCUUGAGGGUCCCGAAAGAUGUUGCCGAAGGAAAAAAUGGCGUUACGGGGUUGAGGGAUAUGGUCAAAGGCAAGGGCAAAGGUCUGGACGGUGUUGAAUUCAAAUUUCUAGAUCCCCGUAGAGCGGCCUUCAAAGUCAACAAUAUGACAUAUGCUGCUAAACUCGUCGACCUUCCCAAUAUCAUUGAAGCCCAAAAGACUUUCGAUAGCCGACAUUUGUUCAAGAUUGCCGACAUCUCUCAGAUGCUAAUUGUUGAAAAUCCUGUGGCAGACGAGGCGUCCAUAACGGAAAAACCGUUAAAGAUAGAUGAAUACAUUUGGCCGCACGGUAUAACACCUCCAAUGAAGCAUGUCAGGAAGAGGAGAUUCAGGAAGAGAAUGAGUAGACUAGCGAUUGAAGUCGUCGAAGAGUCGGUUGAGGAUCUGCUGAAGAAAGAUGAUGAAGCAGAGGAUACUGCUUUCGACUUGAUAGAGGUUCAUCAGGACCCAGAUAUUGAUGAUCAGUACUAUAUCGACUAUGACCCUAAUGGAACUUGGCAAAAUUACAAUCAAGGGGACAUGGGGUCGGAGUAUGGUGGCUCAGAAAUGUACGAUGAUCCUGGAUCAGUUGCGCCGUCGCAGAUGGAGGACUGGGGAGAAGGGGGGACGGAUUGGGGUACAGAAAUGGGCGAUGAAGGUGAAGGAGACUACGAAAGAGGGGAAGAAGACGAUGGGGAUGAUGGCACUCUCGAUCAAGAGCUUGCAGCUGCUCUUAUGGAGGGCACAGGUGGUUCUGAAUUCACGGGUAUAUCCGAGGAUGAUGGAGCCACAAGCGGAUCUGAAGAUGAUGACGAUGAUGACGAAGGUGAUAAAUCAGAAUAUGACGAGGAGACCUUGGAGAAAAGAGCGAAGAUCAAGCAAUUUACAAGCGAGAUCAAGGCCCUGGAAGCAGUCAUUGAUAAGAAACGUGCUGGUUUCACAGGUGGUAAUCCUAUUAUGGUCAAACGUUUCGAAGAAACAAUCGCCGGACUUCAAGCCGAUGUCACUGCCAAAAUUGGCGCAAGACAGGCCCUUGUCGAUGAACUUGGAAAAGCUGAAGAGGGUGCCACAGUGGAAGCUGCCAAUCAGAAAGAAAAGGCUGCUGAAGUUACCGCUGUAGGGGAGGGUGCCGAGCACAGGGACGUCAAAGAGUCUACCGUCACAACUGAGACUCCGAUGGAUGUCGAUCUUGAUGAAGGUGGAGAUGGCUAUAGCGAAGCUCCAACGCCUGUAGCAGUUAAAGAUGGUGAACAGGCUUCCUCGCCACAUUAUUCAGAUGGGGACGACCUGUUUGGCGAUGAUGAUGACGAUGAAAACGCGGAGGCUGUCCAAGUUCAUCAUGGCGAAGGAGGUGUGGUCGAACAAGGUGAUGACGAAGAAGAUGAGAUGGCUAGGCUUCUACGAGCGGAGCUCGAUGGGUUGGAUCCAAAUGCUGUGGAUGAGACACCUGAUAUGCCGGAAGAUCAAGCACAGGUAGACGCCGCCGCAUCUGCGGCAUUGGAUAGUUUUGCCAUGUCUGACGCCUUUGGACAGUUCCCAGCGCAAGAAGACUCCGGUUCUCUUGGAGGUUUUGAUUUCACCGACGGCAUGGAGCAGAUCACAGUACCUGGGUUUGUGGAAGGAGGGGUAGGAAGAAGGCGUUUGGCAAUGGGUGCCGAGGCCGGCGAUAUAGAGGAUGAGAGUUCCGAGGAUAGUGAUGACUGAUAUGCCACAAUGACAAUGUUGUACGAAUGUUUAGAUGGAUAAUAGUAUCGAGUACAGAAUAUGCAUACAAGUCCAA